AUGAUGCCACUUUGCAAUGGCGCCCAGGGUCAACCAAGUAACUUAGUUUCAGUUACUCUUAAGGGAAUGGCCUCAAUGCCAUCUAUGCCAAAUCUGAAAAAUAUUCUUGGCGUUUGCUCACGGGACGAAAUUGCAAUAAUUAAGAAUGAAUGCAAAGAUGUAGUGAACAGACCAAUAGAUAGGAAGUCAUUGGCGUAUGGUCUUUGCUGUGGUGAACUGAAAGUGUGUUCCGAAUUCACUGAAGGACAACAAAGAUUGAUAGAAAAUUAUUUACAAGAUAUUCAUACAUGUUCUGCUUUCCCAACUCAAGUUUUGGAUCAGAAGGCGGAUUUCGUUGAUGCUCUUGUUGUGAUUUUCAAAAAAGAAGGAAGAAAGUUUUCGAAGGAUGAUUCGAAGUUUUUCAGCACUUGCACACCAAAAAUAAAAGAAGCAUUCAAUGAGGCAUGCGAUAAAUUUAACGCCAAAAGCGCAGAUAAGGAAACGCUUGGCUACAAUGUUUGCUGCAAAACUUUGGACAAUUGCACUGACCCAUUUUAUACUCAGGUAACCUGUGGUACGGUAUCAUUGGCCAAUUCUGAAAUUUCGGACCUGGUUCUUUGCUGUCUGUGGAGGUGUUGCUCUUCUUCUGUUCGGCAUCAUUGGUAUCGUCGUCUACUUCUUCUGUAUUCGCAAGAAGAGAGGUGGAGGAAGUAA